UCCUACCAAAACCCUAGGAAUUUUGUCAGUAAAAUUCAAAAUUCGAGUCAAUAUGCCUUUCGUGUAUUCGCUAACAUGGCUGCUGCUCCUAACCAAGAUCACGGCCUACAAAAUAUCCGUAGACAUUAACGAGUUUACCAAUUGCCCUGAUAAAGAAGCGAUGAUCGACUUCAGCUAUCUGGAAUUCAGCAUAAAUGACGACGGGAUCAUAGUCUUCAACGGCAACUUUACGGUCCUCAGCGAUAUAGACAGCCCGUAUCCGCUGUACAUUCACUCGAAAAAAAUGGAACGAGGAGAAUGGGUGGAAACCAUCGGUUUCAAGUAUGUCAAAAAUUUUUGCGCAACUUUAAACAGGGUUGACGAAUUCUGGUACCCAGUUAUGAAGUACUUGGGGAAACAAAGCUGUCCCUUACCAGCUGGGUAUGUGGGAAAGUUCGACAACUUCAAGUACGGUGAGCUGCCUAUCGUUCUUCCACCGAAUUUUGUUGGUGAAUGGAAGGUCUUCGUAGAACGUCGAGAUGUUGCACAAGAGAGUAACAUUUUAGAAUGUGUUUUGAUGCGUACUACUGCCUUCGAAUUUUGAAUGAAUAAAAUGUACGAGGGAACAAACUAAUUUAAGUUUGACACUUCAUAUUGCCAAAAUAAAAAAUAAGAAAAUACUAAAAAGCAUUAGCAAAGUGAGCAAAUACCG